CAUCUGGGGGGACCCCUUCCCUGAGACCCCGCAGCCGACGCGGGAGCGCGCCCCGCGCCCGGCGUGACUCUUACCGCUUUCGCACCGCAGCGGUGGAAGGCUGGAUUCUCUUCGUCACGGGAGUCCACGAGGAGGCGACGGAAGAAGACAUCCACGACAAAUUCGCAGAGUACGGCGAGAUAAAAAACAUCCACCUGAACCUCGACAGACGGACGGGCUACCUGAAGGGAUACACUCUGGUCGAGUACGAAACCUAUAAGGAGGCGCAGGCGGCCAUGGAGGGGCUGAACGGCCAGGAGCUGAUGGGGCAGCCCAUCAGCGUGGACUGGUGCUUCGUGAGAGGGCCCCCGAAAGGGAAGAGAAGGGGCGGGCGCCGACGGAGCCGGAGUCCGGACAGGAGACGCCGAUGA